UUGACACCCGUUUGGCCGAAUGAAGUGAAAAUGACACGAAUUGGUAGAGAGAGGGUAUUAUCGUAAAAAUGAGGGUUUUGAUUGAUGUUUUGUAACAUUGUAAGGACAUUGUAAGGACGCAUACACAACAACAACAACAACAACUCAUUCUUCCCCCGGAGACACCGCCGGCCUCACCUUCUUUUUCUCUCAUUUCCUCUCUCUUUGCUUCUCCAUAUUAUUACACGAUGGCUACGACGGAGUCUAGUGCCGCUAAUUCGGCACCAGCCUUCUUCCCUCCUUGUGACAAGGACAAGAAGCCUGUCUGGAACAAGCCUUGUAUGAGCUCAUCCCCUCCUCUUAUGGGAGCCGAUUCAUGGCCUGCUUUGUCUCCUCUAUCUUCCCACAAGUCUCCCUCUUCCAAAGGUUUAUCUGAUGGAUCAUCGCCAAUGCCGCAGGCAGCUGCUGCUACUUCAUCUGAUUACCAUAGUGUUAAUGGCCAAAGGAAACCUUUUAGACGAAAUAACUCCACCUCAUCCUCUAACCCCCACCCAAAUGCUGAUCAGAAUCACACCCAAAGGAGUGGCGCAGCAACUACUCAGUCCCGUAAUCCUCAUCAUAGGCAUCAUCGCAACGGCAGCAGCUCUUACCCUGGAAACAGGCAGCGCAACUUCGAGCAUGGGCACUCUAAUGGGAGAGGAGACAUGCACUUGCAACCACAGAGGGGUGUUGGGACGAUGAGACCGCAGAUGCUGAUGGGGCCACCAUCUAGCGCACAAUAUAUGGCAGCAGCGCCUCAAAUAGGUUCAUAUGGUGGCCCCAUGCUUUACCCUGCUGAUUAUGCGCUGCACGUCUUUAUGCCGCAUCCUCCUCCAGAGUCGAUAGCUUUGGUUGGAAACUUCCCACCUCCUCCACCCAUAUAUUUUCCCAGCUUUGAUCCCAUGCUGUCCAAUAAAAUAUUGACACAAGUAGAGUAUUAUUUCAGUGCUGAUAACUUAAGCAAAGAUGAACACUUGAGGGGUCAGAUGAAUGAUGACGGUUGGGUUCCUGUUAGAAUAAUAGCAGGGUUCAGAAGACUUACGGAACUGACAGACAACAUUCAGACUAUAUUGGAGGCGCUCAGAAGUUCAGAAGUUGUGGAAAUUAAGGGUGAAGCAUUAAGGAGGCGAGGAGAUUGGGACAAGUAUUUACUGCCUCAUGGACCCUCAAGCUCUGGUCCUGCGGCCUCACUGGGGGGCUCAACUUGAGAGCAUGACUCUAUCAGAGAGGAGCAGAGAGGGAGAGUAAUGAGACGCUUGAGUAAGAAAGAUGUGUUUUGUUCCAUUUGCAACUCUUUGUUAGACACCAUGUUGUCUUUGUCUUUUUGGAUUGACUCUACUUGAAACAGCAUUAAAAAAUAUGUUAUUCUC